CCCAGAAUAUCUCUGCGUCACCUGCAGCGGAGCCUUCUCCGAAAUGGAGCGCAACGCUCUCAAAUUCGCCGCCGGCAUGUUCACCAUCACCGUCCUCUCCUUCACCUGGUUCGUGGGGGGGACGCGCAUGUUGACUCUCUAAUCGAUCUAAUCCUCCUUCUCCAUUAAAUCCUUCGACAUAUUUCUCUUCCAUGAAUAUAUGGUUUGCAUCGAGCAGCGAUUUCCUUCAUGAUCAUCAUUAGUGCUUCUUUGUACGUAUGUAGCUCUAGGUCUAUAUAUAUAUAAGGUAUUCUUCUCCCUCCCUCCCUGUUGUCCAUGCGAUAUAUUUAUUAUCUAUUCUUUCUUAUUUAAAAUGACCCUCGGCUGGAUCUGGCCGAAAGACCCCAGACCCGGAAACCCAACACACUGGCCGCGCCGGUGGCGGGUCUUGGAUAUCAUCACCGGAAGGGGGCCCGGUAUCUUCAUUGGACGGAUCGAGAGCAAUGCUCCAAAGAUGGAGGAGUGGUCUGGUUGGAUGAAGAAGAAGACGGGAAGAAGACAGGACGAUUUGAUAGGAGGACAACAACACUGCGCGGAACGACGCCGACGAGAUAAGAGCAAGUCCCCGUCGACUGAGCGGUAUGAUUUCCGACAGAGACGGUAUAGAGUCCCUGAUAAGAGUUCGUGGAGCGGCGUGCAGUACUGUGAUGGGUCGUCUAGGCGCGGCGGCCGCCAUUUGAUCCCGAGGCGGUUCUGGGAUUGGCGGGGGGAAGAGUAUCCGGCUGAAUACUGGCAUGAUGUGGUUUAUGGGGCGCACAGUGACCAAGCCUGUUGUUCAUGUUGUUAAUUGUUGCUAUGUACCUACUACCUAGUAGUUAUCUACUGGUUGGAAGUUAACAGCUUUCGUGGUAGGCUUCCCAGUUGCCAUUCUGGUAUCGG